UUCUUUACCAAGCAGAACAAAAUUACCCAAAUUAAAUGAAAGAAAUAUUUUAUCAAAAGCACAACAAAGAGGCAUAAAGGAUUUAGUAGCACCUUCUGUUUCUUGAAAACCCUGCGUUCCAAACCCUGUGUUCAUAAAACAAGCCCUAGUUUGCUGGAAUUGCAGAGCGCAGUGGGGAUUAAUUUGUAUUUCGUUUAUUGUGCACUAAAGAUUUCUAAUGGGGGGUUCAUCGGAUAGGGAGACCAAGUUCUUGCAAGAACUGAUAUUGUACGCGGCGAGUGCGGCUUUGAGUUGCUUGGUUUUGUUCGCGGGUCUCCGGCAUCUCGACCCGAACCGUGAAGCCUCCAAGAAGGCUAUGGAGCACAAGAAGGAAAUUGCUAAGCGCCUUGGUCGUCCUCUUAUCCACACCAAUUCUUAUGAGGAUGUCAUAGCUUGUGAUGUUAUAAACCCUGACCACAUUGAAGUAGAAUUUGAAUCUAUUGGAGGACUGGAGUCUAUAAAGCAAUCCUUAUUUGAACUGGUGAUCCUUCCACUAAGGAGGCCUGAACUGUUUUCCCAUGGGAAGCUCCUCGGUCCACAAAAAGGAGUGUUGUUGUAUGGACCACCCGGUACUGGGAAGACUAUGCUUGCCAAAGCUAUUGCAAAGGAGUCUGGAGCUGUUUUCAUCAAUGUGAGGAUAUCAAAUCUGAUGAGCAAAUGGUUUGGUGAUGCACAAAAACUCGUUGCUGCUGUGUUUAGCUUGGCUUAUAAACUCCAGCCUGCUAUCAUAUUUAUUGAUGAGGUUGAUAGUUUCUUGGGUCAGCGCCGAACUACAGAUCAUGAAGCAUUAACAAACAUGAAAACUGAGUUCAUGGCUUUAUGGGAUGGCUUUACUACAGAUCAGAAUGCUCGAGUUAUGGUUCUUGCUGCUACUAAUCGUCCAUCAGAACUUGAUGAAGCAAUACUUCGGCGUCUUCCUCAGGCCUUUGAGAUCGGGUAUCCCGAUCGAAGUGAGAGGGCAGAGAUACUAAAGGUGAUUUUGAAGGGGGAGAGAGUUGAAGACAAUAUUGAUUAUGACCAUAUAGCUGGCUUGACUGAGGGUUACACAGGUUCAGAUCUACUUGAGCUUUGCAAGAAAGCAGCUUAUUUCCCUAUCAGAGACAUACUAGAUGAAGAAAAGAGUGGAAAAAGAUCUUCUGCACCAAGGCCAUUAGCACAGUCGGAUUUGGAGCAUGUUCUUGCAACGUCCAGGCAUACAAAGGUUGCUGCAAAUGACUACACUGGGUUGAACUCAUCACAAUCAUCGCCAGGGUGGUCGAGGAACAGAGACACCGGCGAUUAUCAACCAGUUCCAGCUGCAAUUAACGAGCUCACAAGAGUAGUGGUUUCCCACAUCUUGAAUAUUCAAACCGAUGCCCAGGACCCUUAAAAUACCAACCUCCGCUCCAGCCGCCAGUCCCGAUAGGUGACAUGUUGAAUUCAACACUAUCAGAGUUGUGGCUGUAGUUACCUCUUCAAUCAUCAUCUGUUAGGUUUACUAUACAUAUUCUAAGUUGAUCACGCAGUUCCGUCGUUUUGAAUGCCUAAAAUUAUAUUGUGAUUUAGCACGUGACACAGUGAUUCGAUAUUAAAGGGCUGUUUUGCAUUGUUAAUUUGUAGACGUAUUUGGAAUUUAACCGUUGCCUAUUAUAAAACCUUUCUGACUCUGUAACGUUGUUCAUGGUGGUUGGUUUGUUCA